AUGAAUUGCCCCUCCAGAACCGAUGACACGCUCGAGAACCCGGGCUGGAACCAAAACCCACCCGCGCUGAAUGCCGACAUAACUACUCGAAACAAUUUUAAUGGCAUAGCCAACUCGAAGGUCCACAGGAGGCAUGCAUCUGGGAAGGGAAGCCCUCUGGGGGAAGGAAUUACGGUGAUCGAGUCUCAGUCCUAUGGCACCGAUGGAGGCGAGCCGGAGAGUGAGAAGAAAACCCCUGGCGAAGUGGUCUCUGCUGCCUCUGGGUAUGAACCACCCAAGGCAGACAGCGGAUUACCUCGCCGUCACUUUCCACAGUGUAUCACGUCUUUUUCUUUGCAUGUGGCCCAGAGCAUCGUCAAGUUCGCCCGUUUCGUGGGUCCUGGCUUCUUGAUCGCUGUGGCUUACAUUGACCCCGGGAACUAUGCCACCGAUGUUGCUGCCGGGGCUGAGUUUCGAUAUGCCCUUUUGUUCAUUGUACUCCUCUCCAACCUUUUUGCUAUAUUCCUACAGUCCUUGUGUAUCAAGUUGGGCACGGUAACGGGUUUGAAUCUUGCAGAGAAUUGCAGAGAACAUCUCCCCAAAUGGCUGGUGAUUGUUCUCUAUAUCUUUUCCGAGGCUGCUAUUGUGGCAACCGACAUUGCUGAGGUUGUGGGAUCGGCAAUUGCGCUCAAUCUUUUGCUGAAGAUCCCUCUGGUCGCUGGAUGUGCCAUCACUCUGGCCGACGUCCUCUUCAUUCUCAUCUUCUACAGGCCAAAUGGUUCCAUGUGGGGUCUACGUUUAUUCGAAUUCUUUGUCAUGGCCCUGGUGCUGGGGGUUGUGGUGUGCUUCUGUAUUCAGCUAUCUCUCAUUAAACAUCAGUCAGUUGGUGAAGUUUUUAAGGGAUACCUGCCAUCAUCGGCCGUCGUACAGUCACAGGGUCUGUACCAGAGCUGUGGGAUCCUCGGCGCUACAGUUAUGCCCCAUUCCAUGUUUCUCGGCAGCGGUGUCGUCCAGUCACGCUUGAAAGAUUUCGAUGUCACUCAAGGCUACGUGGAUGCAUCGGUCUGCAUAGGAAGUACAGGCGGAGAGGUGGAAUAUAGACCGUCCCUCCAUGCCAUCCGGGGCUGUAUGAAAUACUCCAUCAUCGAGCUCACAUUGUCACUUUUCACUUUCGCACUAUUUGUGAACAGUGCGAUCCUCAUUGUUGCUGGCGCUUCUCUCUACGGAACAUCGGGCGCUGAUGACGCUGAUCUCUGGGGGAUUCACAACCUUCUCUCCAAAUCCAUCUCUUCCGCCGCGGGCCUCGUCUUUGCGCUAGCCUUGCUUCUUUCGGGCAUUUCUGCCGGCAUUGUUUGCACCAUGGCGGGACAGAUGGUGAGCGAGGGGAUGCUGAACUGGAGCAUUCAGCCCUGGCUUCGCCGACUGAUCACGCGGUCGAUCAGCAUUAUCCCCAGUAUUAUCAUUGCCGGGGCUGUGGGGAAGGACGGGUUGAACAAAACCCUCACGGCCAGUCAAGUGGUGUUGAGUGUUAUCCUUCCGUUUGUAUCCGCUCCAUUGGUCUACUUUACUUGCCGUAACCGCUACAUGACCGUCCCCGCUGAACGAAUCAGUUACGGUCAGGAGCCAGGGGACCAGGUGCCUCAGGAGGGCGUCAAAAUGAGAAACAACUAUCUCGUUUCGGGAAUAGCCAUUGCCGUAUGGCUGAUUAUUGCUGUUAUGAACGUCGCAUUGCUUGUCCUCGUUGGGCUCGGCAAGGCUUGA